GUGGCCAUGCAAGCGACGUUCAGCGUGGUGGACCUGCAUGUGCGAAGUCCACUCUGGGGAGUUGUGCUGGCGGCCAUUUACGGCACAUUCUUCAUUUACAUGUGGCGGAACACGUCAGCAGACGUGCCAAACCAGCAGGCCACUGGUUGA